AUGAAACAAAGCUUGCUACCAAUGCUAUAUCUAGCAUUUGAAUAUUUAGCAACUUUUAUUUCGCCAUUUUGGUCUGUCGAAAGAUCUUUCGACAAAUUAAAAGGGCAAAACAAAAGUUAUCAACUAUUCAAAGAAUAG